AGGAUCAAAGGUAAUUAACUGUAGCAAGAACGUGAAGUACAUUUAAUGUUCUCUCGCGUGUUUGAAAACAGAACAGAACACAUGUAUAUGUACAUAUAUGAACAGCACAUACUUUCACAUAUAGUGGCGAGUCUCGUAUACGCACACGCACGCCAUCGCAAAAGUUGGUUUAGCCUUCAAUUGUUGAUUGACGGUUCCUGUUUUGAAAUCUGCAUCGCUACGACAAUAUUAUUGUUCUGUGAACAAAUGGAGGCAAAAUAGAGCAAAUUUAAAAAUACGGUGUUACUGCACGCUGCUUUAUCAUUGCGCGAAUUGAAAUCUAUUCGAGCGGGAUAAAUUGGAAGAAAUAUUUCUUUCUGUAAAGAAUUAAUCUUGGAAGAGAAGCUGUGUCAAGAUGAGUGUAAGAAUGUUAAAAGAUCCUGCAACCGUGAAUUGUCGCAUAUUUGUGGGUCAUUUGCAAACGGAUGAUAUGACCAAACACGAACUGGAGGAACAUUUCUCAAAAUAUGGAAAGGUUAUUGGUUCGGCGAUAAAUCGAGGUUUCGGUUUUGUUCAGUUCGAGGAAGAACAGUCUGCACAGAAAGCUAUACAAAAUGAAAAUGGUGCUAUGUUCAAAGGCAGACGAAUAGAUGUUAGACCAGCAAAGAAAGAUAGCCAGUCUGGUGGUGGCGGGCCAAAACAACAAGGUGGUCCAAAUAAUCAGUUUAAUUCUAACAACAAUCAUUUUAAUUCUGGGAACGAUUCUUUCAAUAGUGGAAACCAAAGUUUUGGAGGAAAUUCCUCUUUUACUUCAAACCAAAGUUUUGGUUCUGAUGCGCAGAUGAGUGAUACUCCAAAAGGGAACGCCAUCCAAAAUCGGAACGAUCAAUUUGGUGAUGGAAAUCAGAACAAUGAACAAUUUGGAAAUCAAAAUAGAAAUAAUGGAAACGAUCAGUUUAAUAACAUGAUACAAAAUAAAGGGGCUAAUCAAUUUAGUCCAGGUAAUCAGAACAGAGGUGGCAAUCAAUUUGGACCUGGUGGAAAUCAAAAUAAACCAGGAGGGAAUCAAAAUCGAAAUGUGAAUAAUCAGAACAAUCAUAAUCAAAGUAGUGGAGGAGUAAAUAGUGGUGGAGGUGGCAGAGCAAGAGGUAAUAGAGCUGGGAAAAAUCGAAAUAAAAAUAGGGAUAGCUCAGGAGGAAAUAACUUCAGAGAUCGUAGUCCUGUUAACAGAAAUGCUCGUUUAGAAGACAAAGGUGGUAGAGAAUGGGAUCAUAAACAGGGUGACAGACCAAGAAACAAUAAUUUUAACAGAGAUUCUUUUAAUGAUGGCAACAAUCGUUAUGAAGAUUUUAAAAAUAGUGGACCAAGGGAUAUAAAUAUGAGUUUUAACAAUUCAAGUACCACGAGUGAGUAUUCUAAUGCAACAACUGAAAAAAAUGACUGUGAAAUUAUUGUUGUCAACAAAGCAUUAACGGAGUAUGCAGAGAGUAUUGAGGCAAGGCUAAAAAAAAUUGGACUAACCGUUGAUUUACUAUUUCCAAAUGAAGAUGUACUUCUCAGUAGAGUUUUAGGAAAUAUAGCAAGUCGUGGAUGUUUGUAUGCUGUUGUAGUUACGCCGAUCAAUCAAGAACAUCAUUCCUUAACGCUAAAUAUUCUUCAUGGUUUACCACAAGAGCACAGAAACAUGCUCGUCGAGGAUGCCAUUAGUUUAAUAUCGCGAGACUUCGCCAAUUAUAAAGCUGGUGGACGAUCUGUGCCGUUGAAUACGCCAUUUGCGAACGAAAGACAUCCCGAUGCUAUUCAAGUUCUUUUAAAUAUGUUAGCCGAUAAUCACCAAUUAACAGUACUACAGUACGAUCGUGUGAUUAAGUAUCUUGAGAUUAAACGGGAAGAACAAGUACAAGUGGAGUUGGGAGACGUUAAAGAUUUACCAACUACAACGACGACGAUAGCAGUCAGUGAUCCAAAGCAAGCUGAACUACAAUCAAGGAUACUCAAUAUUUUAAAUAGUAAUAAAACAAGUUCCACAGCGCCUGUUCCUAGUCCAGUACCAGCACCAACAUCUGCGCCAACUCCUGUCCCACCAGCUACUUGGGGAUCAGCAGCAUCAACUGCCACAACAGCGUCCACGACAACUACCACUACGGGAGUUUCACCAUCACCUCUGCUAAACGAUCCGACAGUUCAAAAGGCACUUGACAGUCUGUUGCAAGGCAAUUUGCUCAAAAGCAUCGGCGAUCAGCAACCGGCCACGACAACGACACCUCUGUUCGCCGCUUUCUCGAAUAUCGGCCGAUUUUAAUUGACAUUUUUUCAAUCGCAUAUUUUUCUUAUCGCGUUUUAUUAUCUGCAGCAAGACAUCUCAUUUCAUUUUUAUUUAAUGAAAUGAGUACUCUACAAGCUAUAUUUGAUAGUAUACCGGGAACUAGUUAAUAUCGUCAACUUUAACAAGUGGUUUUGAUAUCCAUCUCUGGUGAUGUGUUAGCAUCCUUAUACGUGCGUAAAAUAGUACACUUUUGAACAUAGGAUUUGUAAGGGUUUGUAAGCUCUACACAGUAUUCCACUGUUAUUUAACUAGUUACGUUUCUUGCCUAAUCCGUUCCAAGUAUUAACGAAAAUGAUUGAUCCUUAUAUUUUCCCAUAUAUCAAUAUGAGAACAGAUUUGUAAGUUACUAGAAUCAUGGCAAAUUUUCUUAUAAAAUACGUUUAAUCGCAGAGUAUAGAAAUGUUUUUAAUAAUAUAAUAUUUAUAAUAUUGAAAU